AUGGUGGCCAGCGAUGUACCAACGUCCAAAUUACGACUCACAAAACUUUCUUUGGCCGAUAAUCCUUUGAAUUGUGACUGUACGCUUCUAGAAUUCGCCAACUGGUUAAGCAACUCUAGCUUGAACGAGGAAGAUAAAUCUUCGGCGGUCUGCGCAACUCCACCCGCUUUGGAAAAUGGUAUACUGACACAAGUCUCUCCCGGUAGUCUCCUUUGUGGAGAGCCGACACCACCAAUCAUGACCAGACUGCCUUUAGCUGGUGCUCAAUUAACAUUGAAAGAAUUUCACUAUGAUAAAUCAACUGGUAUCAAUCUCUUAUGGCAUGUAGAACCAUGUGCAGAACAGUAUACAUGUGAUAAUUUAAUUGUCUAUGAAACCAUAGGUGACAGUGAGGUUCAAACAGAUUCUAGUUCUCUUCAUUGCGAUUCUCGUAUGAUGAGAGAUCCCUGUUCACUCCCGGUUGCCAUACCUGCCUCAUUACAUUUACAACCAGGCCAUAAAUAUCGCUAUUGUGUAGUACUUCUAGUACCAAAUAGUUAUGAUGAUGUUUCUUUAGGUUUGGGUUGCAGUGAUGUGAUUACAUUAGAAGAAUCUAAACGAGAGUUACAGCAAGAUCAAGAAACUACCGUAUCAGAGUUUUCUUCAUCAUUAGAUACUAGAAUAACUGCAGUACAUGUAAACGUAUCUGACCAAGGCUUCUUGCACGUCGAUGUUAGUUUAUCAAUCUCAAAAAAGUCGAAUCUGCCUGAAUGCGAACUCUCUGUUAUCGUUUUUGACGCUGAAUCUGCGGUGCAUAAACAAAAACUGAAUUGCAGUUUAACGUUUGUAACAUUAGGGGUAUUGUUGCCUGGUCACUAUAAAGUUUGUGCAAGUCUUGAUGAUGUCAAUGAAGAAGAUGUUAUUGCAAACUUUGUAGAUAACCGAGAUAGAUUACGCUGCGUCGAAGUGCAAGGGUUCAAACAAAAUACAGAGCUAAUUGUUCUAGCGAUAAUCGGAGCUAGUUGCGUUCUUUUAAUCACAAUUGCAGUAAUUGGUAGAAGCGUUCUGAGAAGGGUAAGACAUCCUAGGAUACAGACACAAUGUUUCCUGCCAGCACAGGAAUUUGAAAUAACUCAUAAAGCACAUUACAUUAAAUUACUAGCUACAACAAAAGUUUAA